AUGGUCUCCUCCUUGAACGAAGCGGGCGAUGCGCCGCGCGCCUCGUUCUCUCAGCGCGAGCCUCAGCGCGGAUUGGAGGCACUCUCCAACUUCUACGGCCGCUUUUCCACCGACCACCGCCCUCUCCGCUCCAAGAACACCGAGACCUCGCUCUCCAGCUACGCGGGCAGCGUACGCAGAUCUUCCUCCGGAACCGAGUUCUACUCCAACGCUCAGAGCCUUAGCGACGACGUUUCAUCUGCUCCCGAUCUGGCGCCGCAAUCCAUGUCGCCUCGUGUCUACACUUCAUUCUCGGCAGCUGCAGCUGCAGCUUCCCGUUCCUCCCUCAACAAACGCAAUUCGCAAGCCAGCUUCCCAAACAACAACGCAGCCGCAUCGCCUUCCAUUCGCAACUCGCCCGCGCUCUCCUCACCCCGUACCACAUCUUCCCCUACCGCAGACGCAAGCACAAUCGGCAACGGCAACGGCGACGGCGGCGGCACUGCCUCUGGGCUCGUGUCGACCGCAGCACCGACCAAAGGCGCCUCCUUUGACAUCGCAGCCAUCAACCAGUACUCUCCCGGCUCGCUUGCUCACACCUUUCCUUGGCUCUCCAGCAAUCCAGACGUCACAUCCAGGCGCGAUCGUGCACCAUUUUCACCCCACAGCAAAGCAGUCUCCGCACACACCAAAGUCGACUCGCCACCUGUGGCUCAGUACAGCAAGGGCAAAGGCUUCGGCUGGAAUCCAAACAAGGAACACGGCUCUCCCAAAUCCAGCUCCAAGAUCCGCACCGGUUCUGGCGCCUCCCAAGUCAACUCUGUCGGCCGCGGCCUCGGCCUCAAGUCUACCUCUGAGCUCGAUCUUCCAGAGCGAAUGCGGAGCCAGCGCAAGGGCGCACCAGCUCCACCACGCCUCUCCCAGGACCCAAUAUCGCUCAGCAUCGAAGAGGAGCUCAAACCUCAUUCCAGCACUUCCAAGGGCGAGUCUGCCUUUUCACGAUUCUUUCGCCGCAAGAGCAAGACGGGCAACGACUUGAAGGCAGAUUUCGGUUCAACCGCUCGCGAUGCUCCGCCACUGCCACGUAUUCCUCACACAGCCCCGAGCGCAGCGAGCCAGGCACUCCCAGUCAAGCCAUCGGAUCCUUUCGCAGCCAAAGCGCUCAAGGCAAGCAGCGGCUCUGGCGACUCUGCUUUGCGCAAGGCAAGCAGCAGCACGGUUGGGGGCGCACAACCCAAGGAAUUGCCUGAAGCCAAAUUGAUAGAGCAGACAAAGAUCAGCGGUGAUGCGGUAUCUGGCGAUACGGUUGCGAUCGCGAGUGACGUCAAACCACGAAACGGAGGACAGGCCAUCGUUGCAGACGAGACUCGAUCGAACAUGGCUGCAUCUCCGCCUGCCGAGUCGCAGCAGAGCAACGCAGCAACUCCACAAGAGCAAGUUCAGCAGGCCAAAAACAUCGACAACGAGACGCAAGUCGGAUUUACAGAGCACAACAAAGCUCAGCUCACGACCGACUCGGGCAUGGCGUCUAUGGCCUCUUUGCAGCCGGAGCCGUCGCCCACGUCGAUGGUUUCCAGCACGUCCAGUGCGCACCGCAGCUCGCUAGCCUUCCUCGCUCCAGCCAUCUCGAUGGGCGCCAUCGCCUCGGAGCUCGAGACUACAGCUGCUCAGCCGCUCAAUGGAUCCAAGGACAACCCGGCCGAAGCUCAUACUUCAGCACCAAACGAUGACGACGCGACGGCGAGUCCAAGGCAGUCCUCUGUGUCAACACCGCUCGCAACAGCGGCCGCAAUCCCAGACGUUGAUCUGAACAGUGUACCCGAUCCUGCGGAGAAGACUGCAUCCUCUUCUCCUACAGCCAAUCCGCGCAGGCCCAGUGGGAGUCGCGGACGUCUAGAGCCAAAGUCGGCAACGCGCAACGACCACAUCCCUGGCAUCUUGGCCGACUUUCUCACCAUAGACAAGGAAUUGUCGGCGAGGGAGGCAAAGCUGUCAAAGACCAAGGCUCCGUCGCGCUCGACGCGAGAUGAUCGAUUCCCAACAGAUCUCUCCACCGAGACCUCAGGUGCGGCUAUGGAACGCUCCGUCAGCGGGCCCUCGGAGGGUCGGAGGUCUUCGCUGAGCUCGUCGCCGAAAGCAACGCGUGCCACUAAAGGGGUAUAUAUGGCACCAGCUGUGGGGCCUCACAUGGGCGGCUUCGUUUCACCCUUCUACGUCGCUCCAAUCACCUCCGCGGACUCUGGUAUCGUGGCUCGUGCAACUCGCCCAACAGGACGCCGAGCCAGCGCCAGCUCGCGCUCGGUUCACAGCGAUGACUCCAGAAGCAUCUACAGCGGAUCGCGCCGCGGCUCUGUUCCAUUUGCUGCUCCUGAAAGCGCAGCGAAGGACGAACAGCAUCAGCCAGUUAGUGCACCACGCGCUAUGGACGAACUUCCUGACCAGCAGCUUCGAGAGACCAACGAGACCGAGAAAGCGAGAAAGAUCAAGUCGUUUGGCAAUCUGCGUGCUGCAGCCAAGGACAGCCACGGCCCUCCCGAGGCGAUGCCGCGUGCCAGCACCUCCAGGCUGCCCUCCGCUUCGGUCCUGCAAAGUGCGGGCGAGGGGCGUACCAACGGUCUACCUUCAAACCUGCCGCUCAAGUCUUCGGAAUUGAGUGCAACGACUAAAGUCCUGCCUGAUGCUCCGCCUUCGCACGACGAGUCACCAUCUCGAUCUCGCAGCGUGUCUGACCGUUUCCUUCGCCGUCCGAAAACAAGCGCGGCUGACUUGACAGGAGAGCGCGCCUCUGCGUCGCUGGCAAAUGCUGAAGCACACUCAGGGCCAGGACUAGGGCGCGCGUCUCUGGACGAUUCGGGUCGUUCGUCAUUGCCGUACUCUUCAUCGCCGAUCGAGUCGAAUUUUGAGAUGCUCGCAGCUCGGGACACGUUGGCAACGCCAACGAAAUCGCGCGACGUGAACGUGCGGCAGCAGAGCAAUCUCACUGUCGAAGGUGUACGUCCUUCCACCCUUGAAGGAAGGAGCAGCUCCACCUUCGCUCGGAGGCCUAGCGAGCAGAGUGUCGGCGCAAUCACGCCUUCUUCAUCAAAGAUCGAAUCGCAGGGUGGAGCAGGAAGCCUAUUUGGCAAUCCGACUACGCGACCACGCACCUCGUCUUUGCUGCCUUCCUUCGGCUUCAGCAGAAGUCGGGCGGGCUCCUCUGCCGGACUCGAAGGCUCUGGAAAGAGCCCUGGCAGCUUCGGUAGCGGCGCUCGAACAACCUCGAGUGGCUUCCGCCGCGACACGAACGAGUCGACCGCCACUCAGGUAGAAGGUGAUGGGGCGGGCCGGUCACCCCGGGUGUCUUCGAGCUCACGACCGUCUUUCAGCAGGCAACCCUCCGCAAGCAUGACCCUUUCUGAUACCGAAGCCAAACAGCUUUCGGCGAAGCCUGAGAAAAAAUUCUCUUUAUCCGCCUUCCUGCCGUACGACGACGAGGACGCACCCGAGUACGCUGAGCGAGUUGCCUCUACUGCACCAAAGGCUCAGAUUGCCGCCAUCCUGGCGUCCAGUGCCGACGUCUUCUACGUUGACGCGCUCCAUCAUUUUAUGACGCGGUUCUGGUUCAACGGUCUUCCGCUCGACAUUGCGUUGCGGAAGCUGCUGAUGGACUUGCACUUACCCAAGGAGACACAGCAGAUCGACCGCGUAAUGGAGGCAUUUGCCAAGCGAUACAACGAGUGCAACAGCGGCCUUUUUGCGUCCGACGACCAGCCUUACAUCCUUUCGUUCUCGUUGAUGAUGCUGCACACCGACGCCUUCAACAAGAAUGCCAAGAACAAGAUGACCAAGGUCGACUAUCUCAGGAACACGGGCGCCAGUGGUGUACCCACGGAGAUCCUCGAGUACCUCUACGAUAAUCUGACGUUCACUCAAUUCAUCUAUGUCGAGGACGAAGAGGAUGGCAAGCGACGCCCGUCAGAAGCCUCUGGCAUGUCGCUGUCUGGCACCAGCCUGUCGACUUCGCUGGGUGCGCAAUCGGCUGUCGCAUCAAACAGCCGCACCAAGAUCGAUCCUUACUACCUCAUCACGCAGGGCAGACUGGGCGAGCUUCGACCUGACCUGGAGAAUGUGAUUCCAGAAGACACUCCUUUCUCGUACACCGGAUCUCUCUCGACCUUUGACGUGGAUCGACUCAACUCCGCCUUCCUCCAUGCGCCCAGCAUUGAGAUCGUCACCACAAAGACGCCCAGCGAACAGCCAGGCACGGCCACCCCCAAUCCGCUCGAGGUCGAAGAAGAGGUUGUCUCGCUCAAGGUCACCAAGGUGGGCAUAGUCAACCGAAAAGACGACGUAUCGGACGGCGGCAGAAAGGCGGCUUCGCGCAAGUGGAAGACGAGCGGCCUCCUCCUGACAGGCUCUCAGCUGCUUUUGUUCAAGGACAUCAUCUGGAUCAACGCGCUGCAGUCGCAGAUCCUCGAUCAGGUGGGCCAUUCGCUCCUGUGCAAUGGCAUCCCAACCGAUAAUGAUGCAGCCAACGACCUUGUUGAAGGCGGUGUCAUCAUUUCCCCUAGAAUCACCUACUUCCGGCCGGACGGCGUGAUUUCGUUGGCGGAUGCCGUCGCUGUUAAGGAUCAAACCUAUGGCAAGUACGAUUUUGUGUUCCGACUGCUCGCCGCCAAGGGUCGACAGUACCUUGUGCAGGCUCAGAGCGAGGACGAUAUGAACGACUGGAUUCACAAAAUCAACUUCUGCGCCAGCUUCCGGACGUCCAACAUCAAGAUUCGCGGUCUCGACCUCGCACCUCGCGUCGGCUCGGGUGCAGAUGGGACGGACCGGUACGAUGCACCCGAAGAUCGCUUCGGUCGUCCCGACGCUUCAAGGCCAUCUUUCUCGGGCUCGACUCGAAAACUGAACGCGGACGACAGCGGCCGAUCGACUCCCACUGCCGACGAUAGCGGCGAUCUUUCGAGGGAAGGCACGCUUCGCCUCAGCGUCGAUCCUCAAUCCCGAACCAGCGAAGGUGAUGUCGCUGCCCGACCUCGUUCUUCGGCCUCGCAUCGGCUGAGUCCAGCAUCUUCUGUGAUCCAGAAGCGAGCCAAGGCGCGUCGUGAGAUGAUGUUGACCAAGAUCGCCGAAACCGAGGUACAGAUGGAGCGAGCGAGGGCACGUUUGGCCGACGAGAUCCGUCUGGCGCGGCACUUUGCCAUUCUGACACCGUUCCUCAAGACGACUCGUGAUCGCAUCGAAAUGUCGGCAUUGCCGCUGGCGAGCCGCAUUCGAUCGCUGCGCCUAGACGUGGCCAAGGCCGAGUCGAGGUGUCGAAUUUUGCGGCUCGACCUGGCCGCCGGUGAACGCGUGGCGAGAGCGCUGCUGCCCAACACGUAUCUGUCGCCUACGACGAUGCGCGCUGCCAGCCGCAUGCCAUCUGCACAAAUGGCCACACCGCAGCUGCUGGAGCUGGGUCACGUUUCCGAAUCGCAGACGCAGUUCGAAGAGCUGUUUGCACCGACGAGCUCGGUUAGCAAUGGAGAGCCUUCAACGGUGCCCGCUUCACUAUCGGGGACGGUCAACAAGCCAGCGUCGCAUCAGAGGAACCAGAUGAACCUCAACGCAGUUUCGGAGCAGCCGGCCGAGGAAUCGCCGGUGAUGAUGAGCCGACCGCAGAUGCCUGGACGGGAUGCGGACGAAGUUGAGGAGGAACGGCUGCCCGAAGCGAAUGAGCAGCUCGCUGCGCAGCAGAGUACGUUAACGCAGACGGCCAAUGGGCAGCACACUCAGCGCGGACUCGCUGCAGACGAAAUCCCCGAGGACUGGGAACUGAGCCAAGUGGCGCGUCCAGGCACGAACCGCAUCAGCCUGGUGAAUCUUCCGUCGCCCGACGAGCUUGAGGAAGCCACGGGAGGACGCUUCCGAUUCGAUAGAUCGGCCGAGUGA